AUGCUGUCAGAUGCCGAGUUUUCUCACCGCCUUGACGUUGCGUUGGCUCAGAUGCCGAAGAUCUUCCAGCAUGCCAUUCCUUUUAGUGACCGCAUGCUGGAGUUUGGCGGAUCUCUUUUGGAUACCACCGUGCGGUUUGGCAGCUCGAUAAACCGCGCUUCUUCCCUCUCUCCCGCAGUUGAGUUGCGUGACCCGCAGAAGGAGCAGGAGGCGCAAGCCAUGGAAGAGAUGUUGCGGGACAUUGCAAAGGCUGAAAGCGAGUCCCGCGUUGAGGGCCUGCAGCGGUGGCUGGAGCGUGCCGCGGAGGGGCGUCGCAUGGGGGAACAGUGCCUGAGUGUCUUCAACGACCUGUCAAGCUGCCUGGACUCUAUGUGUGACGUCACCGCUGCUGUGCAGGAGCAAAGCAAUCUAUUGAGCAGCAACGCAUCCGCGCUCAUGGUGCGGAAGACAAAACUGGAGAUGGUCCAGGAGGAGCUUGAACGGAUGAUUAAACACUUCACCCGAAUUGAGGUCUUGACACGGGAAGCCGAAAAUCCCGUGCUUUCUGCCAACUCCACACGCUACCCGAGCAUGUUGCAGGAGAUGGAGGAGGAGAUGCAGUUUCUGUCCCGGAACCCGAAUUUUUUGUCCUCCAAGGUGUACGCGACACGAUUGGCUCUGUCGCAGCAACGUGCCUUUCAGUGUCUAAAAGAUGCCAUUGUGGAAUCCGUGCGAUCCGCACAGAGCGUAACUGUGGGUUCCGAUGUAUACCGAGAUGCGUUUUAUCGGCGACAGCGGGGGACUUCCAACGACGCCGCAAACACAGAGGAUCCUGCACUUAAAACCACCACGAUAUUGCCGCUCCCUGGCGUGGACGGAAGCUCAGAUGCCCAGAGAGCCGUCGCGGACGCUCUUAGACGCAUCAAUGCAAUUUUUUGCGAGAAACUCAGUGAAAAGGCAUCUCUUCGACGAAUGUUGGAGGCAAUAGGCGGGGACGGGGAGUCGAAGGAUGAAGUGAACGACAACGAGAUCUUUGACGCAUACCGUGAAUCGCGUGUGCUGGUUGUGGGACCUCUUUUACAAAACUGGUUGGAGGCUUGGUGCAGCGUUGAUGUGACGGCAAAACCAAUGCCGAAACUUGUGAAUCAUCUCAAUUCCCUUAUGAAAAUAGCCUUGGCGGGUGAAAAGGAGGUUUUUGAUGAAAUAUGGCUGAGAGAAGACUUUAGCGCACGUGUUUUUCAGCAGCUUGUUGCCGGUCUUUCUAAUGAGGUCUAUCAUGUGUUUCGCUCCCAGCUACUGCAGGUGGAUGAACUGGAGGAGUUGGCGCGGACAAUAGAGGAGAUCCAGUGGGAGAACACAAGGCAGGAUAAUGUUGCAGAGCUCAGUGAACUACUUACAAAAUUAAUUCAAGACACACAAGAGCGUUUGAUAUUUCGCACGAGUGUGUUUUUGCGUCAGUCGAUCAUGCGUGGUGGUCCCACAAAAGCGAUGUUGCGGGAAUUUCAAAGCGAUGGAGUCAAGUCCGAUGAUUCUUACAUCCCAGCUCUUAGUAACUGCGUAGCACUCCUGCGGAUUCUUUACCCUUCCUUGGAGUUUUCGGUCUUCUCGGUGUUUGCCGAGGAGGCUAUUCACUGUGCGCUAACGCAGAUGCAGGAGUUGGCGAGGCUUAUGAGUCAACAGCGAGGAGAAAACACUGCCAUCAAGGGUCUCAUGUGUCAACUGUGCCAUCUCAUUCACCUUCGUGAGGAACUCUCGCGCAUCGACGAGAACAUUACUGUUGUGGAGAAACGUAUUGAUCUCAGUAAAAUUGCCCAGCGACGGGUUGAAAUUGUGCAGUCGUCGCGAGAGUCCAAGAAGGAUGUAGAGACUGAAAUAAAAGUUUGCUGUGAGCGUCUGGUGCAAAUGCUCUUCUCAGGGGUCUCUGCGCCACUCUCUGGGGUUGCGCGGAAAAAACCGGAUGAGAUUCGCGACGCUGUCAGCGCAUUGGAGCAAAACUGGACGACCCAGAAGGAAUUGCUACGUUUGUUUAUCCCGAAUGCGACAACGCGGGAAGUUCUUUUGCGCCCCGUCAGGGCAAGAAUUGACGAGCUUCUGCGUGAAACGGACUCCAUACAACAACAACAACAACAACAACAACAGCAGGAGCAGCCCGAACAGAGGACUGAGGGAGGGACGAAAACGGUGGUAAGUGCGCCUGCUUCAGUGCCAACGGCCGGCAAUUCCUUUGCACCUGGGCAGGUAGAAGACGGAGGGACAGCUGAAUUGUUGCAACAGGAGACAGAACGGCAAACAACCAUGCCGGAAAAAAACAAUUCCUUCCCUGCGAGGAGAUUUGGAUCUGGUCUAGUGUGA